AAGCAAACAGUUUGCUGCAUACAGCAGAAUUGCGAUCAGCUGGUGUAAUAAGUACUGAGUGUGGUGAUGAUUCUAUUUGGAUGUAUUUUCUUAUCACUGGUGGCACAUUCAUGUCAAGAAUCGAUAAACUACUGCGAGCCAAGAAUCUGUCCAUUCCAAAAGCCUCACAUUGCUUGCAAUGCAUCUGCCACUUUCGGACCCAAAUGUGGACCCGAAGCCUAUUUCGUGACAAUGAACACGACCAAUGUGGCACUGAUCGUGAAUAUGCACAAUUUGUAUCGCAGUGUGAUAGCACGGGGCAAGCAGAAUUACACCAAGCGAGAUUAUUUUCCAACGGCUUCACGGAUGCCUACACUUCAAUGGGAUGACGAGCUGGCAUUUAUCGCCGAAGCGAAUGCCCGGCAUUGCGUGUUCGAGCAUGACAAAUGUCGUAAUACGGACCAAUUAAAAUUAGUCGGACAAAACCUGGCGUGGAUUUCCUACUACGGAAUGGUCCAAACAGACGCACAAUUGAUCUCUCAAAUGAUUAACAGCUGGUAUGGGGAAUACGUCUAUGCGAAUCCAGAGAUUGUCAAAAACUAUCCGAGGAAUUAUAAAGGACCGGCAAUAGGACACUUCACAGCUAUGGUGGCAGAUCGAUCCAACCGAAUCGGCUGUGCAAUGGUAAGCUUCCAAGAAUCGCCAUGGAUUAGGAAGUACCUGGUAUGCAACUAUUCCAUAACGAAUAUCAUCAACCAACCGGUGUACAAGGCUGGAGCAACGGCAUCGAAAUGUGUCACCGGAGAGAAUCCUGAUUUUGCCGGUCUUUGCAGUUCAGAAGAAGUGAUCGAUGCGAAUCCUUUUAGAUUUUUAUGAAGAUUUGAUAAAAUAUGAGUCAUUCAAUGGAGGAGGCAUACACACGUAAAGCUCCCUUAAGUUUUCAUGGAAACUCCAUUAAAUUCGUAAUGACAAAAAAUAUUUUAGUUUGUCUAUUCUUAGAUCAGUUAUAUUUAGUCUAAGUGACUAAAGUGGCGGACCAUUUUAUGCUUUCAAAACACGAUUCGGUCAACAAGAUAUGGAAGUACCUAUUUGAACGGCUUUUACUGAGAUUUAAAUUUUUUUUAUCACUUGAUUCUCCAGGGCUAUGCAUUAAUAAUUAAGUAUCUUCAUCGACAAAAUCAGUGCUAAAAAUAUAAUACGAUUUGAAAAAAUGUCCAUGUUAUCCGGACUCCCCUACGAUUACCCUUUGAUUCCAAAGCGUACGAAAAUAUGAAAAAUGCUGCUUCAAACUAAGCCUAAAUCUCGUCAACAAGUUGGAAGUAAAAUUCUAAGGAAGUUAAGAAAACUUUAGCUUCGAAAUUUGGUAAAAUAUUGAAGCUGCUGGGCUACCAAAGCUUUGUUUCCGAAUUCCGAGAAAUGCGGACGAUGCUGUAAAACUGUUAGCAGUAAAACAAAAUAAUGUAUCCUAGAGCACUAAUAAGUUG